AGAAAAGAUGAUGGUCAGAAAAAUAGAACAUAAAAUCUAACGGACCAAAGAGCACAUUAUGGGCACAAUUCUGGCCUUCUUCUUGUUUUCAAGUUCUAGGUGAGCACAAUACAUGUACGAUUUCAUCGAUGAGGUAUGCAAUUUUAUUUGAAUCCCCAAUUUUUCUUUCAAAACCUACUUUUUCCAGAAUCCCAUUUGGUCCCUUCAAUCAUUUCUGUCAAAAAAGAUGGAGAAAGCCAAUAGUGAACGCUCAAACUCGGUUAGAAGACAGAACAAGGGACCUCAAGCUCGACAAACUCGCAACCCAGCUCAAAAAAUUUAGGGUCAUCCUCAAACUCUACGAGCUCAUGAACAAUCGGAAACGCGGCCCUUUCGUCUCCUUACAAAUCAUGUCUCGUUGGAGAAACAUUGUUGGUGUCAGAAUCGGAAUUGGGGAGUUUCUUCAUAAGUACCCCCAUUUGUUCGACUUAUUUCCUCAUCCGGUAAGGAGGAAUUUAUGCUGUAGAAUCACUGGAAAGAUGACUGCCUUGAUGAAACAAGAGGAGAAUGUUAUUAACGAUAUGGAAAUCGAGACUGUACAGCGAUUGAAGAAGUUGCUAAUGAUGUCUGUGAAUGGGACUCUCCAUGUUCAUGCUUUGAGACUAAUCAGCAGGGAAUUGGGGUUGCCUGAUGGGUUUAGAGAAUCGAUUCUUGAGAAGUAUUCUGAUGAUUUUAGAUUGGUUGAUUUGGAGAUUGUUGAAUUGGUUGAGAAACAUAAGAAUGGAGCUAUUGCUGAGGUUGAAAAAUGGAGGGAGAGAGAGUUUAGAGAGAAAUGGCUGAGCGAAUUCGAUGUCAAAUAUGCAUUUCCUAUCAAUUUCCCAACUGGGUUUAUAAUAGAAGGUGGUUUUAGAGAGAAACUGAGGAAUUGGCAGAGGCUUCCAUAUACACAGCCAUAUGAGAAGAGACAAGGCUUUGGUCAUCGUUCUUCUGGGGGGGUUCAGCGCCAUGAGAAGCGAGCUGUGGCUGUACUUCAUGAGCUUUUGAGCUUGACUGUGGAAAAGCUGGUUGACGUGGAGCGACUUGUCCAUUUUAGGCGUGAUUUCGCCAUUGAAGUCAAUAUCCGCGAGCUUCUACUGAAGCACCCAGGAAUAUUCUACAUAUCAACCAAGGGGACCACCCAAAUUGUUUUCCUUAGAGAGGCUUAUGCUAAAGGGUGCUUGGUAGAGCCUAAUCCAAUAUACAUUGUUAGAAGGAAGAUGCAGGACCUUGUUUUGUUGGGUCGCCGACACACGAAGCAGUUGGAAUCAUCCAUGGAAAUCAAGGAGAAUGACAAUGCAACCGAAAAUGGAGACUGGCUAUCUAAAAGUGAAGGAAGUUGGGUCUUGCCAAUACUACAGGGCUUCGAUUGAGGGAUGUGGUUCAAAUAUAUCGUAAAAUUGAUGGUUUGUGCAUUGUUUAAGGGUGAGUGAAGAAGGAACUGUGUUCAUGGUAGAAGCAAAUUGUUUGUCUGAUGAUGUUUGAAUGAAUCCACCCACUCAAGGGGAACAAAGAAACCAGCCUUUAAGACAACACUGAAGUUCUUGCUGCUGCUUAAGAGCCGGGCUUUAACAACUAUUCUUGUAGGACUCGAGCUUGUAUGAAGCAGCAUACCCAUGGACAAAGCUGGCUGAUCUAAAAAGCAUAUGGAGGUAACCACUCUUCAAAACUGACACUGGUUUCAAAAAUAAAGCAAUCGGGAGACCACAAAUUCGAGACCCUUUUUUUCCUUUUCUUUCUCUGGAUUUGAAACCAAGCACCCAUUAGGAAAAAUAAAAGAAUAUACAAGAACCUACAAAAAAAGGACUCCAAUCCAAAAAAAAUCUAUUAACCUGUCCAUGAAGACACAUUAAACCUCACAGCCACCCAGACCUCCCCAAAAGACUUCUCCAUCCCUCUAAAACUUUUACUGUUCCUCUCAAGUCACACUCUAAAAGAUAGCACAUUGACAAGUCUACCAAAAAACCUCUUCCUUUUAUCUUGAUAGGAGGACAAUGAAUUCGACCCUUUUUAUUUCACCUUUAUUUGAAUGGUAGCAAGUCAUCUCUGGAUUACGAGCUGGAGUGAAGUUUGGAUGCAGAAAGCCAUGUCAAUGAAAAUGAAGUUUGGAUGCAGAAAGCCUAUUGAGGAAUGCAGGUGGACAAAAAGUCUUUUGACACUCCAAGAAAUUUGGUUAUUUUGUUUGAGACAAACGUGGGCAACUGAAUAGAAACAACCAGAAGGAAUAGUGUUGUAUGAUGAAAUGAUGAACUUGUUGAAAAAAGGACUACAAGUUUCUUGAGCCUGCUUCCCUCAAUCAAACCAUCACAUUGUCUUCAAUUCAAGGGAUUUACUAUGAGGAUCAAAGGAAAAGGACAUGCUUCUGUUUUCUUCACUUGCAUUAUGUUUGAUGCUCUUCAGAUUAUAAUAAAGAAGAGGUAUGUGCUGUUCAACUUUAACUGUAUAAGUUUCUUUCUAUGCUAUGGCUUAAUGGUGAAGGGAGCUUUUUAGUUAUAUCUGGUAUGUUUGGAAAUAUUGAUACAAGAAUCUCGUCUUCUUAAAUUUGGUGAUUUUCUAUCCUAUUCUGAUCUCUCCCAUAUGGCUGAAAA